UUCAGUCUAGCCAGCUGUGCGGACCUAAAAUAUUUAAUUCAAACGCCUAACAAAGUAAUUUAUCAUGGUGGAACUUACCUUCAUAGUUUGUGCAUCCGCCCUUGCUUUCAUUAUUUGUUUCGCACUCUAUAUCAAUUGGGUUGUCUGGAUUAAGGGAAAUGAUCCAAAGGAAACUUCAAAUUUUGGAGUUACUAGCUCAGAAGAAGAAAUACGUGAGCAUAAAAAUAGCGCUCAAGUCAGCGUCAUCGCCUCGCAGGGGACUCAACUUCCAGAUUAUGAUUCCUUUAUGCUCGCAAAUUCUAAUGGGAAGCGUGGAAAUUGUGACUGUAUUUUGGUAAUGGAAGAAACUUAUUGUGCUCCACCGACAUAUGAGGAAUCCUUAUCGUUGGCCAUGAAAAAACAUGGAAAGACAUGAUUGGAACGAAUUAAGUAAAUAUGUAAAAAAGACUAAUUUAAAAAAGUAAAUAAACUAUAACGAACAUGCA